CUUCCUGAAUUCAUUCCUUCAAGGCAAUAAGUUAAGAAACAUGGUGUCUACAGGACGUCAAAUCUUGGGCAUCUGCCUGGCUACGCUCGGCUUCUUGGGAAGCAUCAUCGUCUGUGGCUUGCCCAACUGGAAGGUGACGGCGUUCAUUGGACCCAACAUUGUGACCGCUCAGAACUUUUGGGAAGGUUUAUGGAUGAACUGUGUGGUUCAGAGCACAGGACAGAUGCAGUGUAAAGUCUACGACUCUCUGCUGGCUCUUCCUCAAGAUCUGCAGGGCGCCAGAGCCUUGGUGAUCAUCGCCAUCAUCGCUGGAGUGUUUGGAAUCAUCCUGAGCAUCGUAGGAGGAAAGUGCACCAACUUUGUGGAUGAUGAGGUGUCUAAAGCGAAGGUUGCUAUCGCCAGCGGCGUCAUCUUCAUCAUCGCUGGACUUCUUGUCCUCAUCCCCGUCUGCUGGACUGCGAAUACCAUAAUCAGGGACUUCUACAACCCUUCGUUGGUGGACAGCCAGAGGAGGGAACUCGGGGAAUCGCUUUACAUUGGCUGGGCUUCUGCAGGUUUGCUUUUCCUGGGUGGAGGACUCCUCUGCAGCUCGUGCCCACCGCGUGAGGAUGAUCACCAUGAUGUGAUGUAUUCAAAAGCCAGGUCUGUGGACAGCAGCAAAGCUUAUGUAUAAAAAGGAUUGAUUAAACAAAUGAUAGUAAACUGAAGAGGAACUGAUUUAC